AUGGAUCCUGAUGGCCACAGCGAGCGUCCAUAUCCAACUUUAUCUUCAACAACGAGUGUAAAACCAUCUACAAAUGGCCAUUCAGCUCUUCCAGGCGAUUACACUGCGCCCCCGCGCUCGUCUGCCCAUCGCACCUCUGACUCGCGCGAUUUUGGCCACUUGCUAGAUGCAAUCAACAUUGGAGCUUCUUCUCCAGACCGUUCGCGCUCGUCGCAUUCGAGAAGCGACAGCAGCACUUGGGUGAACCAGAACCAAAAUAACGCACAUCAGCAACGUGUACAGAAGCGCAAGCGUACAGACUCGGAUAUCGGAACGACCGCGGUGCCAAAAAUUCGACGGGUCAUUCAGGACAAUGUCCUCCAGCGCAACGUCGCCGCUCAGAACAUGACGACCAUUGUUACCUAUCAUGCCGCUGCUGCCCAAAAGUCGUAUGGACAGGAGAAACGGUUCCUUUGUCCACCGCCGCUCGUCCGCGUUUCGGGCCCGCUUAGCGCGCAUUUACGCCACCAGCAACUCAAAAUGUGCGUCGUAUCCGAGCUGGGAAACAUCCUACAGGACCAUGUCGGUCAAUUUGACGCCGAACAUGGCAUUGUCUGCUUCAAGCAGCUCCACAUCAGCUCGCAGGGAAAGGACAAGCAAUUCCAGCUCUCGCUCUCCAUCUCAGAUAUUUCAGGUCUAGAGACUAGUGACCAACAGCCCGUUGCCGGCGCACCGCCAAAGGCGCCGUGGGCUACGCUCUAUUCUGCUCCUGUGCACAUCAUCUCCAAGCCAUCCAAGAAGACAACGAGGGGGAAUACGCCGGGCAUUUCUAAUAUGGGCAUGAUCGCCCUCUUCAACCGUAUCAAUUCCCAGACUGUUCGCACAAAAUAUCUUUCCCACCGCCCGCCGCAAUCCGACCCAAGUGCUCCUGCUGCAGGGGGCCCGAUCACACUCACUACGUCUUCCUCACAUUGGGAUCCAUUUACCAUCGAGAUUGUUCCACCCGAGGCGGCCAAUGCGCCCAUCUUAUAUGGCUCGCGCAUCGUUCUCAGGACAGGGCCAAAUGCCACGUCGUACGAAUUCAUUGUGCGCAAAGUCGAGAAGCAUCAAUCGCUUGCGUCUGAAUAUGGGCGCCAAGUGAGUCAAAUGCAAAAGAUUGCGCUUAUGCGCGCCGACCUCGAGCCGGUCGACGGCAAAAUGUGUUAUUUGAGCGCAUUGGUCGAGCGACCGGGUCCAGAGCCGAUGCCCGUCGUACCCGGAAGUACACAUCCGACAAGUUGGCGAUGGUGCGAGGUUCGACAGCAGACGGCAGAGGAUGGGACCCAGACAGAGUACCACGAAGUCAACGACUAUGCUACAUGGAUGAUUACGAGCGUCGCUCAAUUCGAGACGACCUUCUUCGACGCCUCUGGAGGGAACGUGAUGCCGCCCCUGGCACCCAUCACCCCCGCACCAAGUGCCAUGCACGGUUGUCGCUGGGUUCCACCUUUGCUUUCUUCUCAACCAGGCCAAGACCCUGUGGCGCAUACCUUGCACAUGGGCAUUUCUAACUUUUUCGCGCACUACCCAUCGUCGCCUCUAGCAGCUUCUUGGAUCAAGACGCCACUGCAGGUGUGGUUGGGUGAUCUCGGACCACUACCGUUGACUGCGGAAGAAGGCGCGAUCAAUGUGACCCAGCAACAGCAUGGCUUUGUCUUCCCAGCCACCCCCGUCCAUCCAAACGUCGCCAACGGCUCAGCAAACGGGAACGGUACUAGCGGAAGCAGUGGACAACUUGCCGGUUCAUCCUCCUCUCACAAUGGUCCUGUGGCAAGUACGAGUGCAGGCCCUGGGCUUGGUCCAGGUGGUGGAGUCGUCGUUUUGGGCAACUCUCCUCCGACGCUCCGAGACCCGCCGUUUGCGACGUACGUCACUGUCUAUCUCCCUCCGAUGGAAGAACUCGUGAGCGCACUGCUGGACAGUGUACGCACGCGUCGACGACACGCACAAGCGACAACUUCGUCAAGAUCAACAUCUGCUACACUCCAACGCAGUGGACACUCGCGCUCAGCAAGUAUCAGUGGAAGUGGAACGCCGAGAGGUGACAGAAUGUCCGUCGACAGACCGUAUCACUCUCGACAGCCCUCGACGAGCAAUCAACGAUACACCAGUGGCAGCACACCCAUGCACGUCGACGACAGCGAGAAUGAUAUCGAACAGGAUGAAUCCUCCCAUCGCGAUCGUCCAAGCUUUGCGGAGCGCUUGGAAGAAGAGAGCGAUGCUGUGGAAGAAGAAGACGUCCAAACACUCUGGGAACGUAAACCUUCACUUCCCAUCUUAUUUAUUCGCGGUCCACCAGACGAGACGGCUCAAAAUAUCCAACACUAUCAACCGCAAUACCAACAGAGGAUCGCGUUCCAUUCUGGACUCGCACUCCGAUGUGUAGCGGCGUCUGGAGAAGGUCCAGAGAAUCUGGAUGGGUGGAGCGUGAGGAUUGAUAAAGUGCAACUUGGAAGCACAGGUCCGACCGCCUCUCCAUAG